AUGCCAAACAUCAUCCUAGAUGCAGAGUAUGCAGUCGUUCUUUUAGUAAUCCAAAUCAUUGGAUAUACAAAUGCGAUAAAUGUAUGUAUUAUGCCCAUCUGGAUUUGCGCAACAUCAAGAAGAGAGCCGUUCAUGUCCAUCUUCUUGCAUCCUGAAAAAACGUUAAAAAUUUUCAAGAGGCCGACCACCCUCAUCUUCUUCCUCUCCCAUUUCCUGAUGAAACUUACAGUGUACCAAAACACUUAUUUUUCCAGGAAAUUGGAUCUAAGGUAA